AGUGCAACGUUGGGAGACGUGUUGCGUGGCUGCUGCUUGUGCUGUAAACUUCAAACUACAGCAACUAUUUUAAAACACAAUUCCCCCUUUCGAGGUCCAGGUGGCAACGCUGACGGUGCAAGAUGUCCGUGGCAGGAUUUAAGAAGCAAUUCUACAAAGCCAGUCAGAUGGUGAGUGAGAAGGUUGGCGGGGCAGAGGGAACCAAACUGGAUGAAGACUUCAAGGACCUUGAAAGGAGAGCAGAUAUUACCAGCAAAGCUGUGGUGGAAGUCCUCAAUAAAACAUCAGAGUACCUCCAGCCCAAUCCUGCAACAAGAGCUAAGCUCUCCAUGCUCAACACAGUGUCCAAAAUGCGCGGGCAAGUCAACAGUCCUGGCUACCCCCAGCCUGAGGGCCUCCUGGGGGAGUGCAUGACAAAGUAUGGACGGGAUAUGGGCGAGGAGACCAAUUUUGGUGGGGCUCUAACAGACAUUGGAGAGACAAUGAAAAGGAUGGCUGAGGUCAAGGACUCUCUGGAUAUUGAUGUGAAGCAGAACUUUAUAGACCCACUGCAGGCAGUCGCCGAGAAGGAUAUUAAAGACAUUCAGCACCACCUAAAGAAGCUGGAGGGCCGUCGUCUCGACUAUGAUUAUAAAAAGAAACGUCAAGGUAAAAUCCAAGAUGAAGAGAUCAGGCAAGCCCUGGAGAAGUUCCAUGAGUCAAAAGAGAUGGCUGAGGGCUCCAUGUACAACCUACUGGAAACAGAUGUGGAGCAGGUGAGUCAGCUGUCUUCUUUUGUGGAGUCUCUUCUGCAGUACCACAAACAGGCUUCGGAGAUCCUGGUGGAGCUUUCUGCCAAACUGAGCGAAAGGGUGAAUGACGCUCAGUCUCGUCCAAGACGUGAAUACACAGCCAGACCCAAACAAGUCUAUGACUAUGGAGAGGUAGAAAACUCUAAUGGAGCAUACCCACCAGCUGCAACAACCCCUCCAGCUUACUCUUCUGCCCCGGCACAAUAUCCAGGUCGAUCCUUCCAAAGAACCUCCAUCAAGAGUCAACCGUCUGAGCCGUGCUGUAAAGCUCUGUAUGACUUUGAGCCAGAGAACGAAGGGGAGCUGGGCUUCCACGAGGGGGACAUCAUCACCUUGGUCAAUCGAAUUGAUGAGAACUGGUUUGAGGGAGCCAUUCGUGGCAAAACGGGAUACUUCCCCAACAACUAUGUUGAAGUUGUGGUACCGCUGCAACACUGAAAACAGCAAAGCAAGAGGGAAAUGGCAAGAUGGAGAGGAUAAAAAUGGGGGAUAGAAGUGGAUUAUCAACUCUCAAUAACCAAAAAAUCUUUAUUGUAAUUAAAAGUUAAACCAAGACAGGGACCUAAUUUGUAACGAGGAGUUAUUUGAGUUUAUUUUUCAGAUUCUGUCAAGCUUUUUAUUUUUUUUUAAACUGAAAGAAGAGGGAUAUUCAGUCAAAAAAUGGCACCGCAAUGUGAGCAUUUACUAUAUCCCGAGUAUUUACAUUCAUGCUCAAUGCACCUGUGCACUUUCUAUACUACACCUCCAUCACCGGGACUGACGAAGCGAGAUCGAGAGAGAAUGACAUCUGUAACGGCAUGUUCAGCUGUAUCCACAAACACUAAGAAGUGCAAGUACUUUUUCUAUAUUCCUAACCUAUUUGAUAUUCACAAGAUGGCAUUUCUUGUUCUAUGUAUUGUUGAUGUUGGUACUACACACAUGCAAGUAUACGCAUGUAUACGCAUGUAUAAACACCGUCUUUGACAAUCCCAGUUUUCACUUCUGUGCCUUCUGGCUUUAGUACUGUUGUCUCCCUGGACUAGUUUGAGUCAACAUGGAGGAGUGGCCGCCCUUUGUCAUUGUUUGAGACGAUCCUCCACUGCCAUCUAGUGGUUCUAAAGAUCACUCUUAGCUAUUGGUUUGAGUGCCACUGUAAUGCAGCCUCCAUCUCUUCCCAAAUCCACCUUUGGUGUCUUGUGUUUUAGUGUGGAUUUUCUUUUCUUCCAAAUAGCUGGAGCCAGUCAACAGGUAACAUUGACUGACUACUGUAUGAAAUGUUUUUUCUUUAGUCCACCACUGCCAAUCAGAUAAACUCUGGCAGUUUGUUCAAGACCAAAAAGUAGUUUUAUAGUCUAUUCCAAAGGGCUCCAUAAAUAUGCUUUAAUCACUUGAAUUGUUGCUACUUUGUUAAUGAUUUACAAACUGUAAAUGUACUGGCAGCCCUUUCAAUGUUUCUAACUGCACUCCACUCUCUUCACUCGAAGCUUAUUAUUUCCACCUUUGACGAGACUGCUGGUUGUCAUUAAAUGAAACAUGUUUUAAUACAGCCUCACGCCUGCCAUUCUGCAAAAUUAAUAUUGUAUGCAAACAGUCCCUUCAUAUACUUCACAUUUUAAAGAAGAAACGUUGGUUUCCAUUCGAGUGUAACCCACAACAAUGUAACAUGAUUCACCCCCACCUCAUUACACCAAAGCCAUAAGCGUCCUUCAGUUCCUCUAUUUUCUCAGGCUGUAUUGAUACUGCUGGCAGUGUCACGCACAAUGUUUUUGUGGGCUUUUUACUCAACUGUUUGACAAUGAAUUUCAGUCUGUUUUUGUUUUCCCCCAUAGUGCUGGGGUAAGCUUGGCUUUAGUACUCUAACCUAUAAUUUGGAGCAUGUAAAUUACUCUGAUGUGUUUUGUACCUGCCUCAGAUUUCAGGCUGAACUGUGCACCAAACCUGACAGAAAAUACUGCAUAACUAUCACCAAACAAUUGUGUACCGCAUUUACUAAUAAUGAGGAAGGUCUCUGCACAAUAGCCAGUUUCAGUUUCAAUUAAGUCUUUUACAAGCGGACUGUGAGGGUUUGUGCUGUUCACUAAAAUACCAACUUUCUCUUCCUGUCAUGAUCCCCACUCAUCUCUCCCAUCUCUGUUUAAACUGGGAGUGGAACAGACAGGUCUUUUCAGAAGGGAGGCUCACAGCAGUGGAUUAUGCCCUCCCUCCCCCACUAGUCUUUAUUCUCCACCUGCCCCCGUACCCCCACCCCCUUUCUCAUUAUCUGCCCCAUCCCAAUCCCAUGGUGCCUCUGGAGUCUCCUGGAAUAAUCUCCUCUUUUUUUUAUCAGUCUGCCUCGUAGAUGUUAUGUUUGCACGUCUCUAAUGUUAAUCAUGUUAUGUAUAGGGCUGUCGUCUUUGGCUGUGUGGUUCAGGUGUGGGUUUACAUGCCUCAUUACACUAAAUAAAAAGCCCUGAGUUUGAGAGGGAAGAGGAGGGUCAGGGGCUCAGGUUGAGCUAUUAUGCAGCUUGUAUAAUAUUAUCGAUGAAUAAUGUUGUCGUGCAAAGGACUAAGAUCAUUUAUUGUGUGCCGCUGCUGUCACAUCUGAAAUGGUUGUCUUAAUGCCGCGGCUGACAUUUAUUGCAACACUACAUUCUGUGAUUGCUCGUAUUGCAUCCAUAACCAUGAGUCUCUCAACUAUGCAAUAUUGAUAAAUGAAGUAUUAUCUGACUUAAGUUUUAUUUUAUUAUGCACAGCUUUAAUGGAAUUCUGUUCAAAUGUAACCGCUUUGCAUGAGUCUUCAUUACAGCCUGUGUUUUACGCAAUGCCUUAUUUUUGUAAUUGUGAAACUGGGAAGGCUAAAAGUGGGAUUAUCCUGGAUUAGUUUUAGGAUAUAUGGAUUACCUCUGUACUAAAUGUAAUCAUCUGUCUAUUGUAUACUUUUGUUACCAUGUAAAGAUAAAUGAAUCAUGCAUUCACUUCUUCUAAUAAAUAUUAAUUAAUUUGG